GAGCGCGCUUCAGCUGUCAGCAAGAACUGCAAUGGCUUGCGUUGCGAAGAAGUGCGGCAUUCGCUUUAAGCCUCCGUCCAUUAUCCUGAUCUAUGAAGAAAAGGACAAGGAAAAGACUCGCCAGCGCAUCAUGCCUGUCAGGAAUUUCUCCAAGUUCUCAGACUGCAGCAUAGCUGCAGAGCAGCUGAAGAAUAACCCUCGGCACAAGGCUUACCUAGAAGGAGUCUCGCUACGUCAGCUAGAGAAGCUGCACAGCUUGCUGAAAGGUCAUCUGAGAGGAGAGAGUCUGGCUGAGAGCCUGGAAAAGGUUCAGCGGGAAGAGACCAUCGACCCGGAAGAGGAUAUGAACAAACUGGAUGACAAGGAGCUAGCCAAAAGGAAGAGCAUCAUGGAUGAGCUCUUCGAGAAGAACAGGAAGAAGAAGGAUGACCCAGAUUUUAUCUACGACGUGGAGGUUGAGUUUCCACAGGAUGAGCAGCUGGAGUCCUGCGGCUGGGAUGUGGAGUCAGGGGAAGAAGUCUGAUUCCAGGCAAAGACAACCUGGGUGGGCAGGGACAAAUCCCAUAUGCCUAGCAGAGAGAAUGGUGUCAUCCUACUUGCUCUGCUGCAUCCUCUUCAGUUCAUCAACUAGAUGAACUGAAUUACAUAGGCCUCCGAUCCUCCAUGGCCAAAGGCAUUGCAGCAGUUUCAGGUUUAAAUAAACUUUAAGAAAUGGAAAUGGGACAGCUGAACUUGUUGGGUGUUUUUAAUCUUUUCCUAUGUGUGAGUGCCUACAAUAAUUUAAAAUUAUUUCUCUUUCAUGUGUUUACAUUUCAGUCCGCUUUGGCUGAGAACCUCACCAACUUGCCUUGCUGUGAUUUCUGCUCAGCUUCAUUUGAAAAUGAAGUCUUAAAUAUUUAUAUCGUGGAAGCAACGUUAGAGCUUUAUUGUAUGCAUAUGGUAUUUAUUGCUACUUGUAAUGUGAAAUGUGUACUCAGCUAUUUGCUGGAUAAAUCACCACUGCAAUGAGCAUAUUACUCUCACGUUCCCUAAGCAGUGCUUAAAUUUGCAGCUUCGGGUUACACAAAUAAAAAUCCUUAUUUUUAAGAAAUGGUAUAUUUAGAAAAUAAGUUGUUCUUGAAAGUACUCUGAAAAGGCAGUGAUUUCAAACUGAUGAAGCGAGGCCUUUUCCUUCCUUACACUGCCAGAGAUGAUGCUCUUUCAGUAAAUGCUCGGUUCUAGGAAGGUGUGCUUACUCUAUUUGAAAAGAGUAGUGUGGUAGAAAGUCAUAGAGUCCAGGGGUGCUGUUAGAGUAAAACAAAAAUUUUACCACCGUUGCCUCAUCAGACUACAGUUCCCAGCGUACUCUAAAUAGUACCAGGGAAGAAACUGAUGUGGCAAGUAAGUAAAACUACAGCAAAAACUCCUCCAAGUAGCAUUUUGGUGAUCAUUGAAAAGUUUCUCUAUGCGAAUAAAUAAAUAUUUUAACUA